AUGGCUAUCUCGCAUCUUAUUGUCGCGCUUUCAGCAUGCGCUACGGGCGUAUACACUCAUGCUGUUGAGCAACGCGAGCCCAUGAUCACGCCGGGUCCCAUCGUCGCGAGGCAAGGUUCUACAGACACUCGCCUUAUUGGGUAUUAUUCGGAGUCUGGCGAUCUGAGUUGGCAAACGGGACGAUGUGUUGUUGGCAUGACCUGGACGACUUCAAACUCAUAUGGCAAAUGUUGCAGCACGUCUCGCGGAUGCGGACAAAAUGACUUUGCAACAAGAUGCUCUGGAGACUAUGCGAUGUAUCCUGACGGUCCAUAUUCUUGCUCGAAUACCUGUAAUACCGACUACAUCUAUCAAAGUACUAAUGUUGCAAGCCCAACGUUAUGGAUCGGGUGUAAUUAUAUCGGGCCACAAACAAACUUCUACCGUGCCUUGCCAGCAACUGUUACUAGUGCUACUAAUCCCGCCGCAAGUUCGGCGUCAAAUUCAGGAGCUAAAACAACGGCCCCAACGGUAACGGUGCCAGCUCCCAAAUCGACAUCAACACCAACAGUAUCGCGAGUGAAAAGGAAUCUGGCCUGGAUAGCAGGGGUUGUUGUCGGCAUCAUUGCACUCCUUGUCAUUUGUGCAAUAAUAAUAUUUAUUAUCAUCAGCAAGAAGAGGAAGCGCGCGCGAACACUAGCAGCAGGAGGAUCAGGAGGAGCAGGAGCACCGCCCGCGCAGCAGCAAUACAUGCCACCAGGCCAGCAGCAAUACAUGCCACCAGGUCAGCAGCAAUAUAUGCCACCAGGCCAGCCGGGAAUGGGAGCGAUGCCGCCCAUGCAGCAGCAACAAUACAUGCCCCCACAAGGACAGGCGUACCCCAACCCAGCCUCCGCCGAUUAUAAGGGCGACGGCGGCCCGCCUCCUCAAUGGGCACCUAGCCCACAUCAACCUCCCUCGGCCGAUUCCCCCCCAAUUGGUGGCAUCUCCCCGAUGAGCCCACAUUCAUCGAUUGCUCCCAAUGAUUCAGCAUCCCAUCAUGCGUUCCAUGAUCAAAGGCUUGGUGAUUCCCGAUCCCCUGUACCCACCCUGGGUGAAAUGGGGACCUCCAAUGCACACCAGCGACCAGUGAGCGAGAUGACAGUUCCUCACACUCCACCAACAAUACACCAGCCGCCGGUGAGCGAGCUGUCUUCGCCCAGUGCACAUCGUCCUACACCAAUAUCCUAUCAGGCCGGGCCCAUUCAGCAGAAUUACCACCCCACAGUUUCUGAAAUAGGUUAA